UUGGUGGCGAGGAUGGCCGGCUUCGCGGAGCUUGGACUGUCAUCGUGGCUGGUGGAGCAAUGUCGGCAGCUAGAUUUGAAGCAACCCACGCCCGUGCAGCAAGGCUGCAUUCCCGCCAUCCUGGAGGGUCGGGACUGCUUGGGCUGUGCCAAGACGGGCAGUGGCAAGACGGCGGCAUUCGUGCUGCCCAUCCUGCAGAAGCUGUCUGAGGAUCCCUACGGCAUCUUUUGCCUCGUCCUGACUCCCACCAGGGAGCUGGCCUACCAGAUCGCAGAGCAGUUCCGGGUGCUGGGGAAGCCGCUGGGCCUGAAGGACUGUAUCAUCGUAGGCGGCAUGGACAUGGUGACCCAGGCGCUAGAGCUGUCCCGGAAGCCACACGUGGUCAUCGCCACGCCAGGCCUGGCCGACCACCUGCGCAGUUCUAACACCUUCAGUAUAAAGAAGAUCCGCUUCCUGGUGAUGGACGAGGCGGACCGGCUGCUGGAGCAGGGCUGCACCGACUUCACGGUGGACCUGGAGACCAUCCUGGGGGCCGUGCCUGCCCGCAGGCAGACACUGCUCUUCAGCGCCACGCUGACUGACACCCUCAGGGAGCUGCAGGGCCUGGCCACCAACCAGCCCUUCUUCUGGGAGGCGCAGGCCCCGGUGCGCACUGUGGAGCAGCUGGACCAGCGCUACGUGCUGGUGCCCGAGAAAGUCAAGGACGCCUACCUGGUGCACCUGAUCCAGACCUUCCAGGAUGAGCAUGAGGACUGGUCCAUUGUCGUCUUCACCAACACGUGCAAGGCCUGCCAGGUCCUGUGUAUGAUGCUGCGUAAGUUCAGCUUCCCUGCCGUGGCCCUGCACUCCAUGAUGAAGCAGAAAGAACGCUUCGCUUCGCUCUGGGCCAAGUUCAAGUCCAGCAUCUACCGGAUCCUGAUUGCCACAGACGUGGCCUCACGGGGCCUGGACAUCCCGACCGUGCAGGUGGUCAUCAACCACAACACCCCCGGCCUGCCCAAGAUUUACAUCCACCGCGUGGGCCGCACGGCGCGGGCAGGGCGGCAGGGACAGGCUAUCACGCUGGUGACACAGUACGACAUACACCUGGUGCACGCCAUCGAGGAGCAGAUCAAGAAGCAGCUGGCAGAGCUGGCGGUGGAGGAGGCGCAGGUGCUGCGGAUCCUCACGCAGGUCAGCGUGGUGCGGCGCGAGUGCGAGAUCAAACUGGAGGCCGCGCGCUUUGACGAGAAGAGAGAGAUCAACAAACGCAAGCAGCUCGUCUGGAGGGCAAGGUGGGACCCCGACCUGGAGGCCAGGCGCAAGGCCGAGCUGGCCAAGAUGAAGCAGAGGAACCGGCGCUUCAAGGACGAGAAGCAGCGGACGCUGCAGCGGAAGAAGGCGGGCGGCGCUGGUCAUGGAGGACCUCGGCCCAAGACCCACGGAGAACCCUCGCCUGCCCAGGGCCCAGCCUGAGCGCCACAGGGCCUUUGUGGUUGACCUGAGGGUGUCAGGAUCCUCCCUGGGGA